AUGUCUAACGAUAUUGAUUAUCGUUCAGUAACAUGUCAAGCUUCACCAAAUAUUGCACUUAUUAAAUAUUGGGGUAAACGUAAUGAAGAAUUAAUUUUACCUGAUAAUGAUUCACUUAGUAUAACACUUGAUCUUAAUGAUAUGCAUUCAUAUACAACUGUUUCGACAUCAUCAUCUAUGAUAUGUGAUACAUUUUAUUUUGAUGAUAUUCAACAAACAAAACUUUCUGAACGUAUGAAAAAAGUUCUUCAAGAAGUUCGUCGUAGAGCAAAAGAUAAUAAAAUAAAAUUUGUUGAAAUUCGUUCACAUAAUUCAUUUCCAGCGUCAAGUGGUCUCGCUUCAAGUGCAUCAGCAUAUGCAAGUUUAGCUAUUGCUUUAACAAAUUUAUUUCAACUUGAUAAUCCUCAAUCAACAGCUGCUUAUUUAGCACGAAUUGGUAGUGGUUCAGCUAUACGAAGUAUUUAUGGUGGUUUUGUUCGAUGGUCAAGUGAAAAUGAAUGUCUUUCAUCAUGUAUUUAUCCAGCUGAACAUUGGUCAGAACUUCGAAUUAUAAUUUUAAUAUUUAAUUCAAGUAAAAAACCAGUUUCAUCAACAGAUGCUAUGCAACGUACAAGAGAAACAUCAACAUUAUUUCAAGCACGUCUUUCAACAAUAAAUGAUAAAAUAAAUAAAUUAAUAGAAGCAAUUAAAAUAAAAGAUUUUAAUACAUUUGCAAAGAUUACUAUGAUGGAUAGUAGUCAAUUUCAUGCUGUUUGUAUGGAUACUUACCCACCAGUUAUUUAUCUUAAUGAUCAAUCAAAACAUUUAAUUGAUCUUGUUCAUGUUUAUAAUCAAAUGGAUGGAAAUCAAAUAAUAAAAGUUGCUUAUACAUUUGAUGCUGGACCAAAUCCAUUUUGUUUUAUUCGACAAGAACAUGUUGAUGAAUUUUUGAGUUUAUUGAAAUAUUUUUAUCCAACUAUGAAUGAUGAUGUUCAUAAACAUGUGUCCAAUGUUAAUGAAAAAUUUUCUUCAAUUAAUUUACCAAUUAUGUCUAAUGUUCUUGAACGAAUUGUUCUAACAAAAAUUGGUACUGGCCCAAAAAUAAUUUCAUAA